GCAAACAGAUAUGGCAGUCAAGUCAACAAGAAAGAAUGAACAACAAACAGCCGAGAGUGAAACACAGCCGCAUGGCAAUGAAACUGAGACUCGUAAGAGUAAAAGUAUGGACACGAAACUGCAGAUGUCAACACAAAUAAAAACAACAACAACAAAAACGCCACAAGGAAUGGAAGAUCACACCAGCCUACUGGAAAAUUCCACACCGCCAACUAGUACAUGCACAGCUGUGCUAUCCUCUACGUUAAGUAUAAACACAAAGCAACAACUUCUGAGAAAAGCAAUUUCUACUUGUUGGCAAAAAACACUACAACUCGUCACAACAAACACUGGCAAGCCAGCCAAUAAUCCAUCAGCCAAAUACUUUAACUGGUCAUAUCGACUGUUGCGACGCAAACAACUUAUAUUCUUACUCAUUUUUGUGAUAUUCAUCUUCUAUUUGGGUAGUUCGAUACGCGAUGGCGAUAAUACGGACGAAAGUGUACGCGUGCUGCACUACUCGCAUGUGCCGGGCAUGAAGGACAAAAAAGAGCUGCUGUCACAAGCUAUUGGUAGUGUGAGACCAUUAGUGACACCACCAGCCGACAAUGUGGCACUUUUAAACGAUACAACAACCACAGAGUCACGCACCGAUUCUAACUCUAAAAAUCCAUUAACUAAUAAUACAUAUGCAAUCGUACAACCACGCACAGGUUUUCUUGUUUGGAGCGAAUCCUGUCGAAUACCAGUUGUAGAUGUAUAUGCGCCGGAUAUAAUGCAACAUUUCAAGCGUGAAAAAUAUAAGCCAUGCUCGAAAAAGAAACCACUAACUACGGUCACUUUCAAUACGACUUCAAAGGAGUAUUUGCUGCAAAUCGAGAAGAGCGAAAUAAAGUCAUUUGGCAAAUCAGGCCGCAUACGUUGCUGCUAUCAGCCGAUAAUACGCAAUGGCACAGGCGCAAAGGCGGAUGAAGACUAUAA